UCUUCAGAUGGUGUCACCUUCCAAGAGACAGUUCACCUCCCCUCAAAAACCCUCUCCCCCUGAUGACUUUGACACUACCUCUCAAGACAGUGGCUACUCUGAGAGUGGCAAAAAAGUGGACGAGGACUGUUUCAGUGUUCCAAUCAGCUGUGCACCACGAAAGCUCAACCUUGACCUGUCCCCAGCCAAGACACAGUUGGCUGUCUCUCCAGUGAAGCCAGUUACUGUAGUUUCCUCUUCCACAUUGUCAUCAACAGCAGGUUCUAAUGGUACUGCAGUUACCAUUACAAGCACCCCAUCCACUACCAAAGUCACCACCACAAAUGACACCCCUGCUGAACGUGGAAGACCCUUCAAAAGUUCUCAUCACUCACCAAGGGUGAAGAGGAUGAUGCCAUCCUGAUGGAUCUCAUGAAUGAAGUCGCACACCAAGAUGAUAAGCCACUGGGUUUCUCAAACUUGUUGGUAGCUCCCAUAGUGCCAGCUAAGGUGUCUCCACCACCCAAAGCUGCAUCCCGACCAGCCAUCAGGCCGUCUC